AUGAAGAAAUUGAGUUUUAUGUUAGUGUUAGCGAUGCUCAGCGUAUGCUUUCUAUCUGAAGCCAAUUGUGAAGACGAUGCUACCGUCGAUGACAGUGAUACUGGCAGCAAUGACAACGACGGUAAUGAUGAAGAUACUGGCAGCAAUGAUACUGGCAACAAUGACAACGAUGAUAAUGAUGAAGAUAUUGGCAGCAAUGAUACUGGCAACAAUGAUAACGACGAUAAUGAUGAAGAUACUGGCAGCAAUGAUAGCGACGAUAAUGAUGAAGAUACUGGCAGCAAUGAUACUGGCAACAAUGACAACGAUGAUAAUGAUGAAGAUACUGGCAGCAAUGAUAGCGACGAUAACACUGGUGAUACUGACAACAAUGGUGCCAGCGAUAAUACUAGUGGAACUGACAACAAUAGUGGCAGCAACAAUAACGGAGGUAGCAAUAACGGCAAUAGUGGUGGAACUAGCAUUGGAAAUAGCGGAAGCAAGCCAUCAGGUCCGGUUCGUAAAAGGCUUACAAUACGUAAUUUCAAAUAUACAAUGCGGAAAAAAGUGGUGAAACAACAGAUACGCGGAAACAAAAAGGCCAAAGGCCGAAAACGUAUAAAUAAUCGUAGUGGAGCAAAAUCUGGCUUACGUAUGUAUAAACCUGCAGUUAUUACUGGAUAAAUGCCAAAGUGUCUUAUAUGUGUACCGAGCUUCCAGAAGAGGAAAUACUUAUACUAAAUAAUACUUAUACUAAAAUACGUACAUACAGUAAAAAAUCACAAAUUUUAUUUUUAUCAAUAUCAAAAACUUUUUAUGCACAUCGAAAUAUUUGUUACCCAUUUUGCGCAACAAAAUUAAAUAUAUUCGGAUGAUAGACAUUUUUGUAG